CGAUGACGGCACGCGGAAUCACCUGGCUGCUGGUCUCAGCAAUGGCUUUGAGCUGCCUACUGGAGGGCAGUCGGGCUGGGGAGCCCGACUAUUGCAAGCUGUGUGCUAAGGGCGUGCAGCAUAUAGCCUGUGGCAACGAUGAGAGUUUCUCCGAGGAGUGCCCGGCGGACGCGAAGCUCCUGGCGAUUGGGGAGGAUGCCCAGCAGGCCGUUGUCGCGGCGCACAACGAGGUACGCGAGCAGUGGGCCAGCGGGAGGGGACAUGUCAAGGUGAAGGCCUGCCGCAUGGCCACAGUCAGAUGGGACGCAGAGCUGGCGCGGCUGGCCGAAUUGAAUGUGAAGCAGUGCUACAUGGAGCACGAUGCAUGCCAUAAUACGGAGCAGUUCAGAUACUCCGGACAGAACCUGUUCAUUGAGGGCUACUGGGGCAUGGCGGCGCCCAAUAUAUCCACCAUCUUACGCCACGCAGUCAAGGAGUGGGCUAAAGAAGGCAAAGACGUCAAGGCCGCGCAUCUAGCCAAAUAUCCCAACAACUACAAUGGACCCACCAUUGGCCACCUAACGAUGGUGGCUCAUGAGCGAAGCAUAGCCGUCGGCUGUGCAGUUGCCAACUUCCUGAAAGACGAGUUCAACACGUUCCUGGUGGCAUGCAACUAUGCCACAACCAACUUUAUAGGCUGGCCAGUCUACACGGCUUGCAAAAAGGCUGGAGAAAAAUGCAAAUCAGGCAUGAACCCCAAAUAUCCGUCGCUGUGCUCCAUCAACGAAGACGUGGACUGCAACUUUGGGGAUCGUGGAUGAUAAUGUGGAAUAGUAGCAUAAGAAUCCUUCAAAGAAGUUGAUUUCUACAUCAGCAAGCUAUAUCGCAGAAUUCAAUAUAUGCGUAUGAACAUCUCA